GACACGGCCGCCAUUUUGCUCCGCUUCCAUUGUGUGAGAGAUAGUAAAUAUCUGAAGCUGCCAGACAGUCACAACUCACUUCUAUCGUUGCGAAGAAAAAGCGCUAAAAUCACACUUGGUGAUACUCAGAAGAAAUGGCUCGUACCAAGCAGACUGCUCGUAAAUCCACUGGAGGAAAGGCUCCUCGUAAGCAGCUGGCCACCAAGGCUGCCCGCAAGAGCGCCCCCUCCACCGGUGGGGUCAAGAAGCCCCAUCGUUACAGGCCCGGUACCGUGGCUCUGAGAGAGAUUCGUAGGUACCAGAAGUCCACUGAGCUGCUGAUCCGCAAGCUGCCCUUCCAGCGCCUGGUGAGGGAGAUCGCUCAGGACUUCAAGACUGACCUGCGUUUCCAGAGCGCCGCCAUCGGAGCCCUGCAGGAGGCCAGUGAGGCGUACCUGGUGGGUCUGUUCGAGGACACCAACCUGUGCGCCAUCCACGCCAAGAGGGUCACCAUCAUGCCCAAAGACAUCCAGCUGGCACGCCGCAUCCGUGGGGAGCGCGCCUAGACGGCCCCCCUCUCGUCUGUUCUUCUCUACCUGUUCCUACCCUCACUCCUUUAUCCCACUCCCCCCCCUCCCCCACCUUCCCUACCUUCCCUUCUUCUCAGUAGACUUUGGUGUAAUCCUGAUUAUGAACAGAUAGAAAUUUGUUGAAGUCUGGUCUCUUUUUUUGUCUUCACCAAAUGUUUUCAGGGUACCUUUUUAGUGCAUGUUAAAGGUUUGUCAGAUCAGACGCACAUGUGCACACAUACACUGACUUUGGGGAGCCCACCCUUCAGCUCCACUGGAUUCUUCCAGAGUGGGGGCCAGGGGGUGUGGUUAGUGUGGCAAACAGAGCCGAUGCAGAGGGGUGGGGCCGAGGGGCUAGUCUGCUUAAGGGGAGCUGCAACUUCCACAGCAGGGUGCUAUUAAAGCUAGCCCUGAGGCCCACCUGCCCCCCAUAACACCUGUUCCCCUGCCCAGUCCGUCCCUCCACACCCCAGCGCCCCCUCGCUCUGCAGCUGUACCUUUUCUAGCGCCCCCCCCUCACCAUGUGUUUGUGUGUAUGUGUAGCUCUGAUCUGUAAACCUCUUGUGCUCAACAAACAGAAAUAUUUUGGUUGCUUAAGAAUAUUGAUUAUCGUUGUGGAUAUGGUGUCUAUUUUUUUUACGCAUUUAAAUCAUGGAUAAGCAUCUCUUUUCGUACCACUUCCAAAAUCAUCAAAUUAUGGGGGGGAAAAACAAAUGUAUUCCACAUGGUUUUCAGUUGUUUUUUUACCCUGAUCUGAUUUGCGUAAUAAUAUCAGUAAGGGCUCCUCUGUUCUCCAAUGCAACGAUUCUGAUGGCAGCCACAGGGGGGCGCUGCCCCCCGUCUCCUCUCCUCAACGCUCUCUAAAUCAGUCUCACAUUCUCUCCAUCUCUCUCCACACAGCUUCACACUCGCAGUAUGAAUUGACAUUAUAGUGAACAUUUCACUCUGCAUGGUUAUGGUCUUUGUCUCUGUAGAUCUGAACAUAUAAUCUGUCCCUUUCUCAAAAUUUGUGAUACACAAUAUAACCUCAUAUUUGUUUUCUUUUAUAUUUUUCUUAUUCCUGGAGAUUUUCAAAAAUAUAAAUAAGCUGAUCUUUGUAUUUUCCAAAUGUCUCAUUAUGGUGGUAAUAAAUAGGUGUUAAAACAAA